GAAAGUUUUGUUUUCAGUUAGUACAGUUAUGGUGGAGGUGUUCGGGAGUUAGUGUCCCUUUAAAACGAUGGCCGCGUCCCUAACCCACGACCAGGAAUGCGCAACGAAAAAUUUUAUAGAAUUAAUAAAUUCAAGGCCUAAAAGAAAAUUAGGUCCAGUUAGUUGGUCGACAGCGGUAAAAUUCCUAUUCGCAAGAAAAUUUGAUGUGAGUAGAGCGGUGGCUUUAUUCGAUCAACACGAAGCGAUCCGGCAAAGAGAAGGUUUGACUCGACUCGAUUCAACGGAAGAACCCCUUAAAUCCGAAUUACAAACCGGAAAAUUCACAAUCUUGCCUAGUAGAGACUCGACGGACGCAGCAAUCGCCGUUUUCACCGCUCACAAACACGUGCCAACAUUAAGCACCCACCAGAUGACACUGCAGGGUGUCGUUUACCAACUGGACGUGGCCCUUCAAAAUCCCACAACGCAAAAAGCGGGGAUCGUUUUUAUUUACGACAUGACCAAUUCGAAAUAUUCAAACUUUGAUUAUGAUUUGUCGCAGAAAAUUCUCACCAUGUUAAAGGGUGGUUAUCCAGCAAGAUUGAAGAAAGUAUUAAUAGUAACAGCACCGUUAUGGUUUAAAGCGCCGUUUAAAAUAUUGCGCCUAUUCGUUCGCGAGAAACUUCGCGAAAGAGUUUUUACCGUAUCCUUAGCCCAGCUGACGGCGCAUAUCAAAAGGGAAUCGCUUCCGACCCAAUUAGGCGGACUGCUUCAGGUCGACCAUAAUGUUUGGUUGUCACAUUGUCUUCAGUCAAUGACAACUUGCCCGGAAUCACCUUUGCCACUUUACGGUAAUUGGAAUAAAAAAAAAAAAUGUUAUAGUAAAGUUGAAUUUAACAUUGUAGAUGGCAAAACCCCAUCGCCGCAAAAGAAAUUGGCAACAAAUUCCGACUUAGAAAUUUCUUCAUCGACUAAUAACGUGGAUAGUUGGGCUGAGGAGGCAAAUUUGAAUCCGCCUAGUAGUGCUAGUAGUGGGUUUUCCGACGAUGACUCUCUUCAUGGUGAAGGAGCCGCCCUCACAAUGCAACAAUUGGUUGAAUACGUCCGGGAUAGAGGCCGACCGGGUUUGAUGCAAGAAUAUGCUGAAAUCCGGUCGCGUCCGCCCGAUGGAAACUUUACUGUAGCUAAAAUUAGAAGUAAUUUACCCAAAAAUAGGUAUACGGAUGUGCUGUGUUACGAUCAUAGUAGGGUUAUUUUAUCAGAAAUAGAUGGUGAAACGGACAGUGAUUACAUUCACGCCAAUUUCGUGGAUGGAUAUAAACAGAAAAAUGCUUUUAUUAAUACCCAAGGACCAUUAUUAAAAACGACAACGGAUUUUUGGAGAAUGGUUUGGGAACAAAAUACUUUAGUGAUUGUAAUGACGACGAGAGUUAUGGAACGAGGAAGACCGAAAUGUCAUCAAUAUUGGCCUUCUGAUAUCGAUGGUGAAACAACGUAUGGGGAGUUUAAAGUACGCUCGGUGGCUGUUGAUUCAAAUAGUGAUUACACGGUGACUUCAUUGGUUCUUAUCAACUUAAAAACGGAAGAAACUCGGGAUAUAUCGCAUUGGCAGUUCACUUCAUGGCCGGAUUAUGGUGUUCCUCAUUCUGCAAAAGCCAUGUUGGAGUUUUUGGAGAAAGUUCGAAGACAACAGACGGUUAUGGUGACUGCGUUGGGUGAUACAUGGGCUGGACAUCCAAGAGGGCCCCCAAUUAUUGUACAUUGUAGUGCCGGAAUAGGACGAACAGGUACAUUUUGUACAUUAGACAUUUGCAUAUCUCGCCUGGAGGAUGUUGGAACUGUGGAUAUUCGGGGAACUGUUGAAAAAAUCCGCUCGCAACGAGCUUAUUCAAUUCAAAUGCCUGAUCAAUAUGUUUUUUGUCACUUGGCGUUAAUUGAGUACGCGAUAUCAAAGGGUCAUUUGCAGUCCGCCGAUUUAACGGGGUUUGAUCAAGGGAUGGACGAUGAUUCAGAUUAAUAAAAGAAUUUUUCAAAAAAUAAUAAAUCAUUGGCUGUUCAAUAAUCGA